AUGUCAUUGAUAUACAGAUACAACAGCUUGCUAUCAAAUAUCACCCCAACACAUUAUUUCAAUAUUGCUAUUUCCUGCCGUUUGAUCCAAUCCAGUCCAAGACUUGCAAUCAAUACUCAAUGUAAACCCAAUCAGUCAUUCUGCAAAUUGUUUACUCAGUUGUAUCCGCAUUGCCAAUCAUACAGCACCAGUUCAUCUGUACAUACCCAAAUUCCAGCAACUGCAUCCAACAUUUAUAAACUAAUUGGUCAGCGCCAACUACAAACAGCCUAUAACUUAUUUACUUACCUCGAGUUGAACAAUCCAGAUCACUUGGCCAGUCUUCCAUCUGCGUCCUUUAACGUUCUUAUCCAAGCAUUGAUCACCAACAAUCCUCCUAUUUUGGGUGGAGCACAGUUUCAACACCGAUCCGCUCGGGCAUUGGAAAUGUUCAACCUUAUGGUCUCAUUCAAUAUCCAGCCAAGCGGUUCUCUUUAUCGCCAGAUCCUCAAGAUUCAUUCACGAAAUACAAAUCUUCCUGGCAUGCUUGAAACUGUCAAAAAAAUGCAAAGUAUUGGCAUUGAUGUAGAUAAAAGUGAAUACGUUCAAGAGCGUCUUAUGCAUGGUUAUAUGCUUGCAGGUAAAACAUCUCUUGGAAGAGAUUGUUUUAAUCGACUCUUGACACUUAAUCCUACUGCUCGACCCUACAAUAAGCUUAUAAGUGCACUGGCAAGAACUGGUAGUGAAAAGGCCAUUAUUGACGUAAUGAAGGAACUAAAGCAGGCUGGACUCGAAGGAGAUACGCAUAUUUACACAACACUUUGCAAGUUUCAUUUUGCACGAAACAGACACGAUCAAGUCGAUGCCUAUAUCCAAGAGCAUAGCGCACUUGGAUUACAAAAGUCUGUAGACAUGUAUGAGAUGCAAGCAGCUGGAUGUGUUUAUCGUGAAGAAUUUGAACAGGCGUUGGAGUAUUUAAACUCGGCAAAAAAAGUAAAUCGUCAACCUACCUCUUCUGCAACUGUGAUUGCCAUUGAAGCUUAUGCUGGAUUAGGUCAAAGAUACAAUGCAUGGAAAGAGUUUUCUCACCUGUCUACAAUCAAUUCGUUUAAAUCAAAAAUCGCCUUUGCAUUGGCUCGUAUGCAUGGACCAUUAAAUCAUCGGGAAGAUAUCAAGAGUAUCCAAGCGGCUAUUAGACCAUUUAAUAUUGACGAAAAUCCCAUUUUAUCACAUCUUGUUCAUGGGUACUGCGCUCUGAAUGAUCCGUCCUCUGCAGAAGUUUUGUUGGAUUACCUCUUUAUUGUUUCCUAUACCAUUACAUCAAAAGCAUAUAAAAAGGUAUUAAUCACGUAUAGUAAAUGCGGGCAGAUGGAUAUGCUCAAAAAAACUUUAGAUCGUAUGCAAUUUCGGGAUAUUCAAGUGACACUGGAUACUAUAGAGGAGGUGCUUACAAACGUGUAUAGGAGUUCCAAGGAUGCUAAUUUGGUGAUUGAAUGGAUACAAAGCAUAUUUCCGGAUGAAAAUGUCGACCCUAUCAUAAAAAGAGCAAAAGACAAAUCUAAAGUUACCACCAUCAUGCAAAGUCUUAUCUCGUUGAGGCUUGACUAA